AUGUCACACCAAGUCCCUGAUUCUGGUGAUCACCAGUACUACAUCGACUCGCAUGAUCGCGUGCCCGGACCCAAGGGGAGACCUACAGACUUCUUCAGCAGUAAUGACGAUCGCAGUCGGUUCCAGCAUUCAACCUCACGUGCCCCUGACCGCCCUCCACCCGUGCCACCGAAACCAACUCAAGGCAGGCACAGUCGCUCUAUGAGCCAUCCGUUUCCCUCUAUGCCCCAUGUUGCUGAUGCGCCGCCCUCAUCCUACUUUGCCCCGACCAAGCCAUCAGACGAGCGCAGAGAUGGUCGGACAAUGGCCUGGCAAAUGGAUGGCGGGCUCAGAAAAGUCGGCGGUGUCAGUGGAAAAGACUUCGCAACUGGACAUUGCAUGACGUGCGGCGGUCUCGUUCGAUGGCCCAGCAACCUCACCGUCUUCAAAUGCACGACUUGCGCCACGGUAAAUGACCUGGAGCCUCUGGACGGCCAUGACAUGCCUGGAGCCACACGAAGAGACGGGUCUGCUUCCGGAGCCACGCAGAAGACUGCCGACUUCGGACGCGGUACGUAUCCGGCUUACUGCAGAAGCGCCGCUGAUACUGAUACUCUUCCAGCGCACGUGCAGCCUAUCUCGUUGCUACACACCAAGAAUCUUGUGCGGCGUUGCUUGCAAUCGCAUAUAUCAAGGAGACUCGAAGAGAGCCAGGGCCUUCAUGGCAAGGACCGGUUAUGGCAGUCAACUUCGGGACAGUCACAUCCCAGUGGAUCAGGCACUGCUGUUGAAGGGUCAGCAGUGCCCGAUUCUAGACGAAGGUUUGGGACACAGUUCCUCAAUGCUCCUGCUGGAAAUACUAGCAGUGAUUCUCCGAGGCCAAUGACUAAACCGCAACGGUCAUUGUCAUACGGGUAUUCAGACAAGCCGGCGUUGAACCACCCUGCAGCAGGGCCAAGCUUUGGUGCAAACCGUUCAAGUCCUGGCCGAUCCCCCUCACACGAGCCGCAAACCAUUUUCAAGGCACUGGAGGACUAUAUCGCUGAAUGCUUCAGGUCACCGGAUUGUCUCAACUCAUCUUUCAUGCUUCAUAAUUAUUCUGUCGGGCCAGAGCACCAAAUUCGAAGAAAACCAGUGCCUUCGCGAGAAAUAGUGCCGUCAAGAGAACCAGUGCUGAGAGAUGCUCGAAUACAGCCGCGGGACCGAAGUCGACCACGUGGUAACACCGAUUCAAGUAUGCCAAUUACCCAAUUGGAUCCAAAGCUUCUCUUGCUGGGGGAUGUGGCGGAGAACGGACUGUGGUGGACUGGCAGUCGCCCGCAAGCUCCCACAACAGCACCAAAACCGAAGCAGCCCGAUCAUACCAGAAGGGUUUCCUCGGCGGCAAAGCCCCUCCAGAUGGACUGGUCGGAACUUGAUAACUGGUAUCGGACUAUUAUUGGGCCUGCUGAGGGCUGUCAUUCGGUCUUUACGGAAAUUUCGUCGACACAUUCUGCAGUUGAUCUCGACCUGCCGACACUGGAGAAUGAGUUCCGACAGGCUCAGAUUCAUGUUCACCGAACGCUUCUCAAACACACAGAGAUGCUGUUGAAACGACCCCGAUAUCCGAUCUCGCAGCCGACUGAUUUGCGCUUUCUACUCAUUAUUUUGGAGAAUCCACUGCUACAUAGCAGUCACCUACCCAUGGAAGGGUUGGCGUAUCGAAGUGGUGCUGGACGUAGGCCACAGGCGAUACAUCAAAUGAACCAAGCGGAUAGAUCAGGAGCGAUGCCUUCCUCUGGACCACUGUCAGGUCAACACUCAGGUAUCAUCAAGAGGCUGAUUGGCCUCAUCUCGAACUCCACGCCGCUCUGCCACAAUCACUUGAUUAGCUGGUGGAUCAAAUUUGACAAAGAACGCUACGUCAAAGCAAAGGAUCUCUUUUCUGGGUUUCUCACAUACAGGAUGCUCAGGCAACGGAAUAAAAAGCCCGUCAAGGGUGCGGAUGAAGACGCAGUGACCUCAUUCUUGAUACCUCAGAUGCGGAGCGGUCAGUCUGGUGCACAGAUUCAUGAUGAAAUCGGAGCCCUGAGCUUGUCAAACACGUCCAAGAAGAUCACAGAGCCGGAAAAGAUAACGUCAUAUCCGGACGACUGGCAAGUGAAGGCAACUUCACGCGUCCUCGCUCUCAUAUUCGCCGCGAACGACCCCGGCUCCACUCGUGAUGCUCAUCUCCCUCAUCAGAGAGGCCACAAACUACCAAGCAGCGACUUUUAUGUUUCCAUGGUUGACUAUAUUGAUCUUGUUAAAGAUUUUGAUACCUGGGAAGCCAAACAAGGCUUGUUUUCCUUUUGCCAAUACCCGUUCCUUCUCAGUGUCUGGGCCAAGACGGCGAUACUAGGGCAUGACACGCGCAGACAAAUGCAAAACAAAGCAAGAGCUGCGCUAAUAGACAGUAUCAUGUCUAACAAGUCUGUUCAGCAGUAUCUGACUCUGACUGUCCGUCGCGAGUGUCUCGUUGACGACAGUCUGAUGGCAGUGAGCGAGGUCAUUGGUAGUGGAACAGAUGACAUCAAAAAAGGUCUCCGGAUCAAGUUUCGAGGUGAAGAAGGAAUUGAUGGCGGUGGUUUAAGGAAAGAAUGGUUCCAACUAGUCAUUCGCGAUGUCUUCAACCCGGACUUUGGAAUGUUCCUCUACGACGAAGAUUCUCAUUUCUGCUACUUCAACCCCAAUUCGCUGGAGUCCACUGAUCAAUACUUCUUGGUCGGUGUGGUUUUGGGCUUGGCAAUAUACAAUUCCACAAUUCUCGAUGUGCCGCUUCCGCCAUUCGCGUUCAAAAAACUGCUGGCCGCGGCACCCGGCCAUGGUAUGACUUCGUUGGCACACGCGCCGCCACACAUCAAGUAUACACUCGACGAUCUCGCCGAGUAUCGUCCAAGACUGGCCCGAGGGCUUCAGCAACUCCUGGAGUAUGACGGAGAUGUCGAGUCUACAUUUGCACUGGACUUUGUUGUUGAAAAUGACAGAUAUGGAUCUCUGUCAGCAAUCCCCUUGUGCGACGGUGGGGAGAGACGUCCUGUCACGAAUGCCAACAGGCGCGAGUACGUGGAUCUAUACAUUCGCCAUGAGCUCGAUACGUCGGAGAAAUUGAGCUACUAA